AUGAAGAUCUUCUCCAAGAUCAUGAUGUCCAGGUUGGCCAUCGUUCUUCCAAAGCUUAUAUCCAAACAGCAAGGUGCUUUUGUUAAAGGUCGUUCAAUAGUUGAGAACAUCUCCAUUGCAAGAGAGAUGGUCCAUGAGAUAGACCACAAGGCUUUUAGGGGUAAUUUGAUCAUUAAAGUGGACAUGGAAAAGGCUUAUGAUCGUCUGGAUUGGGGCUUCAUUAUUCAGGUACUCCAGAAAUUUGGUUUCGCUCGCCGGUGGAUAUCUAUGGUGCAACGGUGCUGGGAAGGCAUCUGGUUCUCUGCGCUUAUAAAUGGCAGAAGUUUUGGAUUCUUCAAAUCUAGUAGAGGUUUAAGGAUUUCCAAUGUCCGCUCCCUCCUCAGUCUCAUCCAGCAAUACGAAAGGGCCUUAGGCCAAAAACUAAAUACAUCCAAGACUUCUUUCAUCGUCCCAACCAAGACGCCCAGGACCCGAUCUAACAAGUUGAGCGCCUUGACGAGUUAUAAGCAAGCCUUCCUCCCUUCUACCUAUCUCAGCGUCCCUCUAGCCAAAGGUCGAAUUCCAGCUGCACUUUGCCAUCAAGUACUUCACAAGAUUAUCGGCAAGAUUGACGGAUGGAAAGCUAAGCUUCUCAACUCGGCUGCAAAACUUGUUCUCAUCAAGCAUGUCCUUUCCAGCAUUCCGAUCCACAUGAUAUCAGCCAUUAGCCUUUCGAAAUUGGUCUUGAAAUUGGUGGAAUCUGCCAUGGCCAAUUUUUUCUGGGGGAGUUCGGAUAGAGGCAACAAAAGACACUUGGUCAAAUGGCCCUCCUUAUGCUCGCCUUAUUCCGAAGGGGGUCUUGGUAUUAGAUAUCUUGAAGAAACUACAAGGGCUUUCAGAAUCAAAAUGGCGUGGCAGCUCUUACAAGGAGAUUCGUUGUGGGCAUCACUAUUUUCAGUAAAGUAUUUCGAGAAGCUCAUGCUAUUAAAUGGCUUGAAUGGUUCAGCUAUUUCUCAUGGUUGA